AUGACCCAAAUCGACGUCGCAACGAAAGCUCCCGAGAGCGAUGCGGCCGAGACUGUCGAGACCGUCCCUGAGCCCGUGACGCAAUCAACCUCUGCCGCCGACACUCCGGCACAGUCUACCAGCCCAACGACUACGACGGGAGGGGCUGGAGAGCACAGCGAGCACUGCGUGACGGAUCGACCGACCCCCGCUGGCCAGUCUGCGAGCGGCGAGAUCAUCAAGAUCAACGAUGUCGAUGUCUACGUAUCAAAGCCCGCCGACUACCCCCAUGCGCCCUCCCGACUCCUCCUCAUGUUGACCGGCGGCACGGGUCUCAAGUCGACGAACAACCAGAUCCAGGCCGACAAGUUCGCCAGCGAGGGCUUCGUGGUGGUCAUGCCCGACCUGUUCAACGGCGACGCCGCGCCCAACUCGUCGACGAUCGACGACACCGAAGACACUGGCUCGUUCCUGGACACCUUCAAGCUCAAGAUCGUCGAGACGGCCAAGAGUUUCCAGAUUGACAUGUGGCUGGCGCGCCAAACGGAGGAGAAGGUCCUGCCCAUCCUCUACAAGGUCGUCGACGGCUGCAAGGAGAAGUUCAGCGAUGCGAUCAAAGCCGGCGACGGCAUCUACGCUGUUGGCUACUGCAUUGGUGGACGAUACAUCUUGCACCUUGGAUCUGACAGGAGUGUGCCGACGGGCAGUCAAGGACAGGCGGCUGAUGCCGAAGCCGGUGAAGUCAAGAAGGGUCCUUUCAUCAAGGUCGGCGCGAUUGCUCACGGCGCAUCUGUUGUUCCCGAUGACUUCAACGGUAUCAAAGUACCUAUCUCCCUUGUUUGUGUCGAGAACGACCCCCUCUUCCCGGAGGAGGUUCGUACGCAUGGCGAGGAUGUCAUGUCGAAGGCAAACUUGGAGCACGAAGUCCAAGUCUAUCCCGGCGUGCCUCACGGUUUCGCUGUUGUUGGCGACUAUCAGGAUGCAUCGAUCAAGGAGGCCCAGAUCACUGCAUACGAGCAAAUGCUGAAGUGGCUCAAGGAGCACUAA